UUUUGUCAAUGGUAUAUGACUUGGGUCGAUUAUGUCAUGGCGGGUUAGAUGUUUUCGGCAUUGAAUUUCCUGGAAUUUGUUUUGAAUUUCUCUGUCAAUGAUCUCGCAUGCUUCGCUGUUUAUUAAUGUCAGCGUUAGUCAUAAAAAUAUAAAUAUUUCGUAAACUAUUCAAAUGCUGAAACAAUUGCAAAUGGGCCUUCGCGCGUUCAUGCUCCUCGCCUCUAAAGUAUGGAGUUGUUUUUGUUACAUGUUUAGAAAGCAGUACCGAGCGUUGGCUCAGUAUCAAUCUGUCAAAUAUGAGAUAUACCCACUUUCUCCAGUAUCUAGACACAGGCUGAGUUUAGUCAAGAGAAAAAUGUUGGUACUGGACUUGGAUGAGACCUUAAUACACUCUCACCAUGAUGCAAUGCUGCGGCCAACAGUAAAGCCUGGCACCCCACCUGAUUUUGUACUCAAAGUUACUAUAGAUAAGCAUCCAGUGAGAUUUUUUGUUCACAAAAGACCACAUGUUGACUAUUUCUUGGAUAUAGUAUCACAAUGGUACGAGCUGGUAGUGUUCACUGCGUCUAUGGAGAUAUACGGUGCUGCUGUUGCCGACAAAUUGGAUAAUGGAAGAGGAAUUCUGCGGCGGCGAUUUUACAGACAACAUUGCACGCCGGAACACGGCUCGUACACGAAGAACUUGUCAUCGAUAUGCGAUGAUCUUAACAGGGUAUUCAUUCUGGACAAUUCUCCCGGCGCUUACCGGGAUUUUCCAGAUAAUGCUAUCCCAAUAAAGUCGUGGUUCUCGGACCCCCUGGACGUGGCGUUGUUGAAUCUUUUGCCAGUUCUCGAUGCGUUGCGUUUCACGCAUGACGUGCGCUCAGUGUUGUCGAGAAACCUGCACUUACACCGCCUAUGGUAGCACCUGCUCGAUAUUAACCAGCGUUUUGUACAAAUUUAGGGAGUGAAUGCGCUUCCAGAACCUAUUUAUUAUUUUUUUUCACUUGUUAGAAACCAACAGCGCUUCUAUUCAAAUAUACAUAUAGAAAUAAUCUAGUGGAAUAAUUUUUUAAGUUUUGUUUUAAAUAAACAGUGAUUAGUGUAAUAUAGGACUGAAUUUUCCUACGUUUGUAGGGGAGGGUAGUUUCAAAAACACCCUUGUCGUUUUAGGUCUCUUUCACUCACCUUCAUGGAAUGAGACGGCAAUAUUUUAAGUUUUUUUUAUCGGACUGUUUUUAAAUUCGUAGUGAUUGUAAGUUUUUCAAUUCAUGACAAAAAAUGUGUGGAUAUCCUGCAAAAUGUGGUAGUACGUACGGAUAUAUGUUUUGUUUUAAUUGCGAUAUUGUUAAGUGUUAUCGGUAGUUAGAUAAAUAAUUAUUUGAUUUCCCUGUCUUAAAAAAAUUGAAUCGUUUAUAUAAUAAUUAUCUGUUAAUAUAUUCGAUAACUGAUUCUAAAAAUCCGAAUAAAUUUACUCAUGCCAUAUUUUCUCUUUUUUGAGCUUGAGUAAAAUAGAUAUAUAUAGUUUUAAACAUUAAAUAUUUAUAUCGCAAUUAAAAUCGACUAUCUGUGGAGAUACUUAUUACUUUUGAUUAACGAGGACCUUUCUAUAGACCUUUUGAAAGAUCUAUCGAUUCUUUAUACUUUAGGAAAAGUAAUUUUUUUAUAUCAAUUUCAUAAAGUUAUUCGUUGAUGUAAAAUUAUAGUUAAUCAAGGAUUUUAAGCGUUUUCUUAAAUUAAGAAUGAAGUUUAGAGGGAUUUGUUUUAAGGAAAUUGUGGCAUUUCACUUAAACUAAGUUGCAAAUCACAGGCACAUUAUGAUGUUAAGAGCUAAAUAAAGAACAAUCAACAAGGCCCUGGUCAAAAUUCAAAGACUAAUCUUGUCUUGACUAAGUGUCAUCUGUCAAAAUUCUAUGACUAUUUCACAUAUUGUCUGACGAUGGGUAUGGUCCUCCAUGCGUCAUGGUGUGCCGUGAAUAAAGACAAUAGUGGUAUACUACGUAAACUAUGUACAAAUUUAAACCGAAUCAGUUGAGUAGUUUCGUUUCGUUAACAACGCUUUUUUGACAAACUUUCAUACGACUUCCGUGUACUUCUAAAGUUAGAACUAUUUUAAAAUUUUGUCUAUUAGCUUGACAGCUCAAACCACAGAUUGCAAAGCAUCACAAUUUAAAUAACUACUUGAAUUUGCAACGGAACAUUAAUCCUACUGUAAAUAUACAAUGCGUAGGUAACCCAAAAAAAUUGUAAUUUUUCGUGGUUAUAAAAAGCGUUGUUGAUAAACAUAGAUGUUAUAAUGUCUGUUACCUUUAUAAUGUCUGAAACGUGAGAAUAGAGGGUGUCGGUAAAUCAUUAGUAAUGUUUUCAAAUCUCUUUAUAAAAUUAAUAAUGACUAAAGUGUAAAGAACUUAACUGUUUGGUUAUUAUUUCUAUAUUACACACCUUGAGGGGGCACCUCCUAUGAAUUACGGCAUUCAAUAUAUAUUAGGAAGUUUUGGAUUAAACUAUUUUGUUUGAAUUUGUUAUAUGAAACUUAUCAGUUAUUAGUUUCCAUGAACGAAUGUCCCACGGGCGUAUAUAAAAAUUUGGUUUUUGGUACGUUUAUGUAAACUAUAACAAAUGUUUAGAUAUUAUGCAUUUGUGUUGUCAAAACUUGAGAUUGUGAAUACAUAACGAAACCAUUGAAGAAUCAUACCAGUUAAUGUCGUAAUUCGUUCGAAUAUCCUAGGAAGCUAAAUUUAAGGUUCCAUAGACAAAUAAACUAAUUUUGAAAUUA